ACACAGAUGGAGCCUUAUAAAGCCCGGUCUCUGCAGUCCUCCUUCUCCUGACCAAGAUAUCUGGGCUGCAGAAUGUGGAGCUCUACGCUGGGACUGUGCCUGCUUCUUGCCAUCUUCCAUGGGGGAGAACCUAGCAACUUCGACCCGCAGUAUAUGCUGUUGGUGCCGACUGUAUUAAAUUCAGGAAAGGAACAGACCUUCUGCUUGCAGCUGUCACACCUUAAUGAGUCUGUUAAUGUGAUCGUGUCCCUGGAGGCACAGGACAACACAACACUGCUGGAGAAACAUGUCACAGAGCCGGGAGAGGACAGCUGUUUCACAUUCCAGACACCAAAGGUUGAGGCGCCACAUGUGGCAUUCAUCACACUUGAUGCUGUGGGUGACUCUCUGCACUUUAAGUCAAAGAGAAGCGUUGUCAUCAGGAGCUCAUAUAACCUGGCGUUCAUCCAGACUGACAAACCCAUCUAUAAACCUGGGCAGAAAGUUCAGUUCCGUGUUGCUACCAUGGACGAGACAUUUCAUACCACCCAUGAGAAGUUUCCUGUAAUUUUUGUUGAGGAUCCUCAACGAAAUCGCAUCUUUCAGUGGGUGAAUAUGGAGACAAACAGAGGAAUUGCUCAAGAAUCCUUCCUCCUCACCUCUGAGCCCAGGCUGGGGACAUAUAAAAUGGUUGCACAAAGGGAAAAGGGCCCCCAGAUUGAACAUUCCUUUAGUGUGGAGGAAUAUGUGUUACCAAAGUAUGAGGUACAGGUGAAAAUGGCCCCAGUGACCACCAUCCUUGAUGAAGAAAUCACAGUUACUGUAUGUGGAAAAUACACGUAUGGUAAACCUGUGGUAGGGAGGAUUGAUGUCCGUAUCUGCAGAAAGUUUGCUUACUCUUAUACGUCCUGUGCUGAUGCAACACAAGACGGAGUGUGUGAAGAACUGUCACAUGAAACCGAUAACAAAGGCUGUUUUUCUGAAGUGGUGAAGACAAAAAUUUUCCAGUUGAGACGUAACGGCUAUGAGAGGAAACUCACUGCUACCGCCAAGAUAACGGAGGAUGGAACAGGUGUGCAAAUGACCGGCGAGGCCUCCUCCGAGAUUAAGAACACAAUUACAAAGGUGUCCUUCCGACAGCUGGACUCCCGCUUCAAGAGAGGCAUUCCCUUGUAUGGAGAGGUCUUCCUGGAAGAUGCUGCAGGAAAGCCUAUUUCCAAUGAGACGGUGACCCUGUUUGUCGGUCAUGAUGGAACAAACUACACUUAUAUAACAGGGCCAGAUGGAACAGCAGAUUUCUCUAUUGAAACCACAAAAUUCAAAUUUUCUUCACUUCUAACACAGGUCACCCAGAAGGAAAGCAAUCGAAACUGCUACAGCCAAUCUUCAUUAUUCCCCGUUUAUCAAGAUGAUUCUCGCAGCGUUAGCCAUUUCUACUCCAGAAGCAAAAGUUAUCUGAAGAUCCAGCCCAUAUUCCACACUCUGAAGUGUGAGGAGGAUGAGAACCUCGUAGUGUAUUACACUCUGACUCCAGAAGGGGUUGGAGACUCGAGGCAUGCUGUAUUCCAUCAUCUGAUAAUGGCAAAGGGAAAAAUUAUCGAUUCUGGAAAUCACAAAGUGGAACUUAAUGCAAAAGAAGAGUCACAUGGACAAUUUACAUUUAAGCUUCCAGUCAACGUUAAAACGGCACCGCUGGCCAAAGUGCUCGUCUAUCUAAUUCUGGACAGUAGUGAGGUCAUCGCGGACAGCGUCAGCUUCAAAGUGGAGAAAUGCUUUGCAAACAAGGUGAAGAUUUCAUUCUCUGAUAAUGAAGUUCUACCGGGUGCAAACGCCAAUCUUGUCCUCUCCUCUCUGCCGAACUCCCUGUGUGCCCUACGGGCUGUGGAUUCCAGUAUACGGCUGCUGAAACCUGAAGCAGAAUUGUCUGCAAAUUCGGUGUAUGAGCUGCUGCAAGUUACAGACCUUUCAGGCUACGACCAUGAGGGAUUUCACCUAGAGGAGUCACGUGAAGAUCCCUGCCUGCAAGUGGAGCCUAUGUUUUUGAAUGGAGUGUAUUACAACCCAUCUGUCCCUACAUGGGAUGCUGACACCUACAAAAUCCUAAAGGAUCUUGGGCUAAAAGUUGCAACAAACACCAUUAUCAGGAUCCCAGUACUGUGCCAGACCAACUGAGGCAGAGGAUCAGGUGAGUAUAUGAUUUUUAGCAUGAUGGCCAGAGGGGAAGUCAUGUCCGCACCACUGAGGAGAGGGGGCGUAGAAGAGAUUGUGGAAACUGUGAGGAAGUUUUUCCCAGAAACGUGGCUAUGGGACUUAGUGGUAAUAGAUGAUGUCGGACAAACUGCCAUGAAGCUUACAGUACCAGACACGAUAACAACAUGGAAUGUGGACAUGUUCUGUACAUCAGAAGAAGCGGGCUUUGGGCUUGCAGAACCAGUGUCCCUGGUGACUUUCCAGCCUUUCUUCUUGGAUCUUACUCUGCCAUACUCCGCUAUACGGGGAGAGAAGUUCACACUAAAAGCUACCGUGUUUAACUACCUGACACAAACCAUCAGGGUGGAAAUUACUUUGGAACAAUCUGACAAAUUCACAGCUAAAGCCAAAAACACAGAAGAUGAAGGUCAUUGUAUACAAUCAAACAGCAGAGUCACCGUAGAAUUUGAAGUGAUCCUAAAGUCUCUUGGUGAAUUGAACUUUACUGUGAGUGCUCAGACGCUGCCAGGAGGAGGACUGUGCGGCAAUGAGAUUGUGAACCCCGCACAAGGAAGAAAGGACACAAUCACCAAACAUAUUCUAGUGGAGCCCGAGGGUAUUGAAAAAGAGGAGACACACUCAGCCAUGAUCUGUGGAAAAGGGCCUGAGAUAACAGAAGCAAUUUCUCUGAAGCUUCCAAGCCAGGUAGUAGAAGGUUCUCAACGCGCCUACUUCUCUGUGAUUGGUGAUAUCAUGGGAACAGCAAUGCAGAAUUUAGGUAAUCUGCUUAAGAUGCCAUCUGGAUGUGGAGAACAGAAUAUUGCCCUUUUAACCCCCAAUAUCUUCAUCUUGGAGUACCUCAAUAAUACCGGUCAGCUGACCCCAGAGGUCAAAUCCAAAGCCUUGAGCUACCUGAGCACAGGAUAUCAGAAGCAGCUGAUUUACAAACACCAUGAUGGCUCCUACAGUGCUUUUGGACCUCGGUUUGGAGAAGGGAACACUUGGCUAACAGCGUUUGUCCUCAGGUCCUUCUCCAAGGCUCAGGCACACAUUUACAUUGACCCAAAACAAAUAUCAGACACCAUGACAUGGCUUUUACUGAAACAGAAAGACAAUGGCUGCUUCCAUAACGUGGGACGACUUUUUAAUAAUGCUUUGAAGGGAGGAGUGAAUAAUGAAGUAGCAUUGGCUGCCUACAUCACCAUCACACUGCUGGAAAUCAAGUUGCCUGUUACGCACUUGGUGGUCAAUGGUGCCUUGUUGUGCCUGGAGAGGGCUAUAGGUACUGAAAUGGACUUCUACACAGAAGCAUUAUUGGCGUAUGCUUUCACACUUGCCGGAAAAGUGGACCUUCGUUCCCAACUCCUUCACGACCUCGAUGACAAGGCCAUUAAAGAAGAUGGUACCAUCCACUGGCAUCGACCAGAAUCCUCAGACUCUGCAGUAAUAAGGGUCCCAUCGAUGGAAGUUGAGCUGGCCUCCUAUGUUCUGCUGGCUAUGUUAUACAAACCCAAGCUCAGUGAUGAGGACUUGACACAUGCUUCGAAGGUGGUCUCAUGGAUCAUAAAGCAGCAGAAUCCUACUGGUGGUUAUUCCUCCACUCAGGACACAGUAGUUGCUCUCCAGGCCCUAGCCACCUAUGGAUACUUUGCUUACAGACAUGAUGGUCCUCGUGAAGUAGCCGUCACCCUGGGUGAAGCUCCAGUUGCCAAACUCCAUGUAGAAGACUCCAACCGCCUGCUUCUGCAACAAGUCCCUCUACCCGACAUUCCCGGAAAUUAUACAGUAUCCAUCAAUGGACCUGGCUGUGUCUUUGUACAGAGUACUCUGAAAUACAACAUCCCCCCUCCUGAAGGUGAAGCUCCAUUUACCAUCACAGUAACUACAGAUCCGAAGACAUGCAACCCCAAAUCCUUCAAGUCUUUUGGCAUUUCGGUCAAUGUAAGCUACACUGGCAGUCGGGUGAUCUCCAACAUGGCGAUAGCAGAAAUAAAGCUGCCAUCCGGGUACAUCCCAGUAAAGUCUAGUGUCCGACAGCUGUCAAACCUGAGAUUCAUUCAAAAGACAGAAAGCCAUGCGAACAAAGUUGUUGUCUACUUUGAAAAGCUUACCAAGGACGUAGAGAAUUUCAAGUUCUUAAUUGAACAAGAUAUUCCUGUGAGCAACCUUCAGCCGGCCACUGCCAGGAUCUAUGACUACUAUGAGCCAGGUGAUUUUGCGGUGACAAAGUACAGCGCCCCCUGCAGUUCACAAGAGGACAUUCGAUAUGCAUAAGGAACAACAUUGGCGCAGAUGGACAACUUACAGCCAGAAUUGCCAGUACAGAUGAAGCUAAAAAAACUUUCU